CGCGUUGGCAACCCCUACCCCUACAUCCAACCCUCGAUCCCAAGCAAAGCCUAUAAAAAACCCCACCUCCUCUCUAUCUUCGCUCUCUAAUGUCCCCGAGCACUCGAGCGACAUAUUAGCUUCGUUCGCUCGAGGGUUUCUCUCUCUCCAAGAUGGGACGGUCUUCGACCAGGAAAGGGCAAGCCAACCCUCCAGAGUCGACCAAUUCCUCGGCUUCAGGUAUAGCUGCUACCAAGGAGUCGGAACGAAUCGAUAGCCUAUUCUAUUCAUAUGCAAAUAAAUUGUCUGGUAUGAUAGAGCCUGAAGGAAUAGAGUCUCUUUGUUCAGAUCUUGAAGUGGACCAUACUGACAUCAGGAUAUUGAUGCUUGCCUGGAAGAUGAGAGCUGAAAAGCAAGCUUAUUUUACUUGGGAAGAGUGGCGAAGAGGCCUCAAAGCGCUUCGGGCGGACACAAUAACCAAAUUGAAGAAGGCAUUGCCAGGGUUAGAGAAAGAAGUCAAAAGCCCGCCAAAUUUUGCUGAUUUCUAUUCUUACGCAUUUCGAUACUGCCUAACAGAGGAAAAACAGAAGAGUAUCGACAUUGAGAGCAUUUGCCAAUUACUUGAUCUUGUCCUCGGAUCCCAGUUCCGUGCCCAAGUUGACUACUUCAUUGAGUAUCUCAGGAUACAAAAUGAUUACAAGGUCAUAAACAUGGAUCAGUGGAUGGGUUUCUACCGGUUUUGUAACGAGAUAAGUUUUCCAGACUUCAGCAAUUAUGAUGAUGAACUUGCAUGGCCAUUGAUUCUGGACAACUUUGUUGAAUGGAUGAGGGCAAAGCAGAAAUAAACCCGGGAUAUGUCGGUGGAUCGUUUGUGUUGGAGACCGUGUCAGACUAUAGACAUCAUAAAAGUGAAGCAAAAACUUUUCUUUUUCUUCUAUUUGUUGCCCUUCUUUUUUCAUUGAAAGGAGGGGCUUUUCUUUUUCUUCUUGCCCAAAAACCUUACUAUUGCCAGAACUAUUAGAAGUUGCUGUGUUGUGGAUUUGUUUGGUGAAUGCUCAAUACAUUUUAGUGCCGUCAUUUCAUUACAA